UCAUAUUAGAAAUACCCGAGGCUAUUUCCGUAAAUCACUACAGCUUCUAACGACCACCUUCCCGUAGUUACCGGUUUCUAUAUAAAUCCUUACCUUCGUAAGUCACAAAGCUCUUAGGAAGUCCCCGCAAGCUUCUCUCUACACCAAUGGCUGAUCUUGAAAAUCCCCAUCUGAUCCCCAAGGUGGUCACCUUCCUCUCAUCCCUACUACAGCGAGUGGCCGAAUCGAACGAUUCCAACCGUCCGAUCGACGACCAGAGGAUCUCUGUCUUCCAUGGCCUAACGAUGCCCACCAUUUCCGUCCAGAGCUACCUGGAGAGGAUCUUCAAAUAUGCAAAUUGCAGCCCAUCUUGCUUCGUCGUCGCCUACGUAUAUCUGGACCGGUUCGUGCAGCGGCAGCCAUCGCUGCCGAUCAAUUCCUUCAACGUCCACCGUCUGCUCAUCACCAGCGUCAUGGUCGCCGCGAAAUUCAUGGAUGACAUGUAUUACAAUAAUGCAUACUACGCAAAAGUAGGAGGAAUAAGCACAGUAGAGAUGAACUUUCUAGAAGUGGAUUUCCUAUUCGGACUCAGCUUCCACUUAAACGUUACCCCCACCACUUUCCACAGCUACUGCUCUUAUCUCCAACGUGAGAUGCUCUUCCAAUCUCCUCCUUCUCUUCAUUCCCUUAAGCUUCAAUGCUUCUUUUCUGAUGACGAUUCUACCCCUCAAAAUACCCAACAGCUUGCUGUUUGAGAGGAUGCAUUAGAUACCCUUUAUUUAUUUUUAUUUUUUUUU